UGUGGCGCCACGCUAAAAUACGCCCGCGACUGCUGGCUAGCUCGAAGCACGCGGACUCAGGAACAUAACCCAAACUUUCUUCUUUAAGUUGGAGCGAGAGAAUGGCGGAAAAAGAAAAUGCUUCGUGCUUCUCUUCAAAGCGGCAAGUUUAAGCCGAUAAUUAUAACCGCCAGGAAGCACUCUGAUUACUCCAAACGGCGAGGAUUAUUCUGUGAGCACGAGACAUAACAGGAGAAAAGUGUCGCGGGCGCUGUGCACGCUCCAGGCCGGUCGGGUCUCGCCAUGAACUGGCCUUUAGGAUUACGAGGCUUGCUGUGUUGUGUUUUUGUUCUGGUAGGAUCGUCCCGGGAGGCGCGGGAGAGAACAAGGCAAUGUGACAAACCGAAAUCGCAGAAAGAGAUGAACUCCUUCCUGUGGACAAUAAACCGUCCCGCCCCGCUGCCCCCGUCCUACCUGUUCGGGACCAUUCAUGUCCCGUACACCCGUGUCUGGGACUACAUCCCCCAGAAUUCCAAGCAGGCCUUCCACACCAGCUCCAGCGUGUUCUUUGAGCUGGACCUCACCGACCCGCUCACCAUCUCCAAGCUGACGAGCUGCCAGCUGCUGCCCAACGGGGAGCGUCUGCAGAGCCUGCUCCCGCACGACCUCUACCGCCGCCUCAAGCGCCACCUGGACUACGUCAGGCACAUGAUGCCCCUCUGGAUGACGGCGGACCAGCGGGGGCGUGGCCUCUACGCCGACUACCUCUUCAAUGCCAUGGCGGGGAACUGGGAGCGCAAGCGUCCCGUGUGGGUCAUGCUGAUGGUGAACUCGCUGACGGAGUGGGACGUGCGCUCGCGCGGGACCCCCGUGCUCGACCUGUUCCUGGCGCAGGAGGCCGAGCGCACAGGCAAGCGCACUGGCGCUGUCGAGGAGGUGGAGGAGCAGUGUCACCCCCUCAACGGACUCAACUUCUCUCAGGUGCUGUUUGCUCUGAAUCAAACUCUGAGGCAGCAGGAGGGGCUUCGUGAGGGCAGUACCCAGGACCCCUUCACCACUGAAGACCUCAUCACUCACUACAACUGUGGAGAUCUGAGCUCCAUCAUCUUCAACCAUGACACCUCACAGAUGCCUCAUUUCAUCAACACUUCCCUGUUGGAUCAUGAGCGUUCCACUGCCCAACAGAUUGACAGCUACCUUCGCCAGGAGCUCAUCUACAAGCGUAAUGAGCGAAUGGCACGCCGUGUCUCAGCCCUCCUGCAAAGAAGCCCCGCCCACAGCUUCUUCUUUGCCUUUGGGGCCGGUCACUUCCUUGGCAACCACAGUGUGCUGGACAUCCUCCGACAGGAGGGCUAUGAGGUAGACCACACGCCCUCCCAGGAGCCUGUUACACGAAGCUGGAAUGAGAUGGAAGAUACCACUCUGACACCAAGUAGAGGGAGUCCUCAGCCAGUUACAGAAUGGAUGUCAGACGCCCCCGAGCCAGAAGAUGAACUGCCUCAUUUGCUGCUACCAGAAAGCCUGAAUCAGCUGGAGGAGUUUGGUAGACACCAGCGCCCGCGCAAGGCUCACCGCCCACACAGCAGGCAGAGGCUCUUCAGUGACCUGUGGGUGCGCCUCGCUGACAGUACGACCCCUGUUCCAAAUAUAAGGAUAACCAACGUGACAGGUGAGCCUCUGCAGACACGGCAGGAACAGCAGACCCCGCCCCCUGUCCUCGCCGCCUUGGCCCCGCCCAGCCCCAGCUGCACGCGCCUACCCCCCGUACUGGCCUGCUUCUUCUCACAGCUCCUGCUGCUCAACUUUUAACCACACGGGGGUGCUGGUGACACACACAGACUAACCUCUCAGCCCAUCACAGGCUACGACGAUAAAUCGAGAAAGAAAAACAGUCAUAGCGUAAUAUCGGCGAGUACAGAACUGAAAACAGGUAAGAAGUAUCAUAAGUGCGUGGUUCAGUUUUGUAGGGUUACACCCAAAACCACGAAAUGUAAAUUGUAAGUAUAUCAAAGAACUUUAAGAAUGGACAGCCAUAAGUUCAAACUAAACUGUCAGUGAAUGUUAACUAGGUCUAUAAAGCUUUGUACCACUUCCCAUGAGUGAAAAAUUAUUAAUCAAUAAAUAUACCAGCUUAUCGAUUAUGUAAUGUGAGAAAGAUGAAAAUGCUUAACACCUAAAACAAGUCACAAGUCAAAAACUGCACAUUAAUCCUAAAAUGGAGAGCAGUAAUAAUAAUAAUAAUAAUAAUAAUAAUAAUAAUAAUAAUAAUGUGAUAUUGUUACUUACAGUUCACAGAGUUCACAGACCUAUGUUUUGUAAAUUGUUCAUAAAAAUAUUGUAUAUUUAUUAUUUCUUG